UCCUUGUAUGAAUCUGUUUUGUGUCUUUUGUGUCACGAAUCUGUUUUGUGUCUUUGUUUUCCUUGAUGUAUAGGAUUCUACUCUCAAGCUAUUCAUCUAGUUUCAGGAAAUGGUGGACAAGAUGGGUUACGAAGUUAGACUUGUUAGAGUCACCAAAAGAGGCGUAUUUUGCCCAGUUAUACCUUUCACAGGUGGGUAAUGCCUCAUAUAGUAUCAGCUACGACCUUUGGUCUUCAGAUGCAAUUAAUAUAGCUGUUAGAUGCAAGGAAUCUACUCUCAAGCUAUUCACCGCUAUGAAGAACACAUGCGUAUAAACGAGCUCUGAAGACUUCUCACCAUUGAUGCAAGGUAAUUAAGCGUCCGUCCCUACUGACUUGUGAAAGCUUUGUGUUGAGUAAAUGGCAAAACAGAAUCAGUGAAGACUUUGAGUUUUUCUUAUUGUAAUAUGUAUUAUGUUUUGUAUGUUUACAAAUUAAUUAAAUGCAAUAUUUUCCUAUU